ACUUCAUUGUAGCUGAGGGUCGAAGAGAACAAAUAUUACUUGUAGCUCUAGGCAAACGAUGGAAUCAGAGGCACAACUGCUUUUGCUGGAAGCGGUCGCAGACGUUCAGGUCGAGUUUGAUGGUCGUUUGGUAGAGAGGAUUGAGGAUCUUGUCAGUGGCGGAGCUGAUGUUAAUCAUCGCUAUGAGGGAGACGGACAAACACCGAUACAUCUGCUGUGUCGUCGAUGGAUGUCAUUGGCAGAGGACAAGACGUCAGUGUGGCUGUCUGUAUUUCGUUCACUAAUGUCUCUGGGAGUGGACGUCACAGUUGAGGAUGCUCAAGGAAACACUGUACUGCACAUUGCAGUGUUUUGUAAUUGCCCAGCAUCAGCAAUCGCCCAUCUAGUAGACCUGACUAACGUAGAGGUAAACAGAAAAAACAAGAGAGGAGAGACAGCACUUCAUAUUCUGCUUGGCAAAGAAGAGAGAGGAGUUGACAGAGAAGCGUUUCGUUCUCUUGUGAGAAGUGGAGCUGAUGCAACUGUGGAGGGAAAAGAUGGUCAAAUUCCAAUUCAGAUGUUAAUACAUAGACCAUAUGAAGAAUUCAGAGCACUCAUGAAAAUUGUGGAGGAGUAUCAUGAUACGUUGCGUGUGGUACAUUCUAUUAUGAAGUGGUGCACAUCAGCUGAAGUCAAAAUGAUCAUAGAGUAUUGUGACAGGUGUGGACAAUCAAUCGAUGAAGGGCUAAUUGUGACGGCGGCCGGUUCCUUACAUGAGCCUGAGAAAAAGCUGGAAAUAUUGAUGGCUAGAAAUAUAAGUAUCGCCGCGGUCUCUCCAAAUUCAGGAGAGAAUAUACUUCAUCAAGCUGUAUUGUCUGCUAACUUACCAGUGCUAAAACUGGCAUUAGAGAAAGGUGUAUCUCAGAUUCCAAACAAUAAUGGUGAUUUACCCAUUCACAUCGCAGCUAGCAGUGUUGGCACUGUGGAGUCUCUUGCCUUGUUGGCAAGACCAGACCUGAGAGAUGUCCAGAAUCAAACAAAAGCCACACCGUUAUCACUUGCCGUGAGAAGUGGCAGCAGAGAGAAGGUUGAGCUCCUGCUUCAAUGCGGUUGUAUGCCCCUGAAAUCCAAGAUGCUCAAAUAUGUGCCAGUAAAAAGCCUAUCAAUUCUGACCAUCCCAACAGUAAUUGGGCAGUCACCACAGCCGCUCAUGUUUUCUCUCCAAAUGAGUACAACAAUCUUGAAGGCGUCAAAAUUUCAAGAACUGCAAGGAGAAGAUUGUCUUGCUAAAGCAAAUCAAAUGAUUACAAUGGCAACCGAAAUAGUCGACAGAAGUAAGAUAUUUCCAUCAGGUGACGUCAUCAAUUACGCAAUAAACAAAAAAAUAAAAAAGUUUAUUGCUUGUGAUACCAUCCAGAUGCAUCUAUCACAUUCUUGGUAUGGUGACCAGGAAUUUGGCCUAGAAACACUCAAACUUGUCUAUAGAGUCAUCAGCUAUUUUUUCUUGUUUCCACUCCUCGAACUGCGUUCACUCUCUCGUUCUAUUCGUGGAUUGAUUGACUUAGAACACUGUGCAUACGGUCCGUAUGUGCUGCAUACAAGCUAUGUGAUAUCAUACAUAAUCUUUCUCAUCUUUCUUCUACUUCACGUCGUUCUCAAUACAUCUAAGCCGAGAUGUGAAGCAGGAGGUGACUGUGCCUUUCAUGCAAUGGAUUGGAUUCUUCUGGUCUACGUCAUUGCUCUGAGUGCUGAAGGUCUGAGUCGUAUAGGAAAGGACAAAAUCAUGUUUUCAUUCGGAUUAGCCGGAUCUGCUUUAUCAGCCAUGCUAUCCAAGCUCUUUCUCAGCAUUUACUUUGUCCUCAUCACCAUUGCUGUCAAUGCUGACUUGUCAGAGUCUAAAAAAUCGUGGACUUUGCGGUUUGCCUUCUAUUUUCUCAGUUUUGGGCUCGCAUUUGUGAUUCAACGAUGUCUUCAGUUUUUUGAAUCGAGUUCGAUCAUUGGUCCGAUACAAUUGUCUGUUGAACGUAUGCUGAAGCAGACUGGUGGGUACUUGGUCUAUUUGAUUGCUCAAAUGGUGCUGGUGACGUCUCUAAUUGUUGGAGUGUCCAACGCAGCUUGUCAACAGCUGGACAUUGGCAACAGCAUAAACUCAACAAAUCUUACAACAAAUCUUACAACAAAUCUUACUCUUCCUGAAGCUCACAGGUUUAGUAAAGUGACAAAACAUCUCUUCUUCUCUAUGUUUGGAUUGACUGAGUAUGACAUCUUCACCUCUGAUCCUGAUGGAGAUGGAAAUCCGCAAUCAGUCGAAGAAUUUAUGGUCAUCUUUCUAUUUGGCAUGUGGCUCACAGGGUUUUCCAUCUUUUUUCUUAGCAUGAUAGUAGCCUUUGUGACAAAUGCAUACCAAGUAGUACAGGAUAACUCGGCAAUUGAAACAAAGUUUGCAAAAGCCGUCCUGAUACGUCAAAUGACGCUCCUGCCUCUAUACCCGAUUCCAUUCAACAUAAUCACCUUCACAAUCGAGACACUACGGGCUACCUUCGCUACUCGGAAAGGUUCCGUAUUCCAUUCGGAAUCUAGUACUAAGACGGAAGAGGAGGAAAUGAACAUGGCGGACAUCGAUUUACAGAAAGAAAUGAUGAGCAACUUUCUUGCAAAUAUGUGUGAAGAGAUUGAAGAAAGUCCGGUCACUAGGAAAGACCUUCGUCAUGAACUUGACAAACUUGCUGUCGACAUUUCUGGAUCCAGGAAACCGUCUAUACGUCACGCAUCAGACGAUGUCGUCAAUCGAGAUUCUCUGUUACUAAAACUGGAUAAUCUGACAGAGUCCAUCUCUCCUCUAGCCGCUUCUAUUGCCAGUCUGGCUACCAGUGUUCAUCACAUGGAGACCAGACUCUCGUUGAUUGAAAGCAAGUUUGACAACACGGUUGUAUAAUGAGUACAGCAAGCAGUUAAGUAUCUGCAUGUAACAGUCAUGCAUUUAUAGAGCAAUGAUGUGAGUUAAUUAGGUUAAAAAUUAGUUUGCGUGGUUCUGUAUUAGUGAAUCAGACUGUGACUGACCUUCACUACAGUCUGAAGCUGUAGAGACACAAGCAAUUUUUGUUCACUUAGUUUGUAUAUAAACAUUACGCUGCUUUGCUUUUUCUAAGUCUAAGCACUGAUUUAUGUAUCAAACAAUAUCAUUGAUUAGUACUGUUUGUGUACAGCUUAGACUAAUUGCUAUAAUCAGACUAGUGGAC